AUGGCGCGUCAGGAGAUCGAGCACACCCAGCUCCCCGUCCGCGGGAUCAACCUCCACGUCGCUCAGAUGCUGGCCGUGGCCGCCGCGGGGUACCGCGCCAUCGCGCCGGACUGCCGCGGGUACGGCCUGUCGGACCAGCCGCCGGAGAACGAGGAGGACUCCUGGGUCUGGGACGACCUCAUCGCGGACGUGCUCGCCAUCCUCGACGCGCUCUCCGUCCCAAAGGCGUUCUUGGCGGGCAAGGACUUCGGCGCCAUGCCGGCGUACGAGUUCGCGCUGCAUCACCCGGACCGCACCUGCAGCGUGGUGUGCCUCGGCAUCCCCUUCAGCCCCGUUCCCUUCUCCUUCGACACCAUGCCCGAGGGCUUCUACGUCCUGCGCUGGGGUGAGCCUGGCAGGGCGGAGGCUGACUUCGGCUGGUUCGACGUCAGGCGCGUGGUGCGCACCGUCUACGUGCUCUUCUCCGACGCCGACAUCCCGAUUGCCAAGGAAGGGCAGGAGAUCAUGGACCUGGCCGACCUGUCCACGCCCCUCCCGGAGUGGUUCACCGAGGAUCUGGACGUCUACGCCAAGCGGCUUCCGCUACCCACUCCAGAUGCCAUACAGGCCCCGGUGCUCGUGGUGAUGGGGGAGAAGGACUACUGCUUCAAGUUCCCGGGGUUCGAGACCGCCGUGCGCAGCGGCGUCAUGGACAACUUCAUGCCGGACCUCAAGAUCGCCUACAUCCCGGAGGGGAGCCACUUCGUGCAGGAGCAGCUCCCGGAGCAGGUCAACGAGCUCCUCCUCGACUUCCUCAAGGCCAAGGGCCACCCGUCGCAUCGUGAGAAUUAG